CAUGGAAGCGGAGACGGCGUGCAUCAGGGUACAGAGAUGUGACCUUCCUCGACAUGCGGUUGAGACAACAAGUGGUUGGUUCUAGCUAUUGCCAUGGUACGUUUUUAUAUGGAAAAAGGAACACACAAAGGUUUAUACAAAUGUAUUCAGAAGACACUUAAAUUUUUCCAGACAUUUGCCUUGCUUGAGAUAGUCCACUGUUUAAUUGGAAUUGUACCGACUUCUGUGAUUGUGGCUGGGGUCCAAGUGAGUUCAAGAAUCUUUAUGGUGUGGCUUAUUACUCACAGUAUAAAACCAAUCCAGGAUGAGGAGAGCGUGGUGCUUUUUCUGGUCUCGUGGACUGUGACAGAGAUCACUCGCUAUUCCUUCUACACAUUCAGUCUUCUCGACCACUUGCCAUACUUCAUUAAAUGGGCCAGAUACAACUUUUUUAUCAUCUUAUACCCUGUCGGAGUUGCUGGUGAACUUCUUACAAUAUAUGCGGCGUUACCGUAUGUGAAGAAGACAGGAAUGUUUUCAAUAAGACUUCCUAAUAAGUACAAUGUCUCUUUUGACUACUAUUAUUUCCUUCUCAUAACCAUGGCCUCGUAUAUACCAUUGUUUCCACAACUCUAUUUUCACAUGUUACGCCAAAGGAGAAAGGUGCUUCACGGAGAGGUGAUUGUAGAGAAGGAUGAUUAAGUGAUCCCUGCAAACAAGGUGCUUUUUCCAGAAUAACCCGGAUUACUUGAGUCCAGUUUUAAUAACAAGAAUAAACAACUUUAUUAAAUACUA